AUGUAUAUUGCACUAACCUCAUCUCCCCCAGAAAUGAAUGCCAACAGUAUGCCUAAACAAGUGGAGGUGAGGAUGCAUGAGAGCCACCUGGAACCCAUUGAGGCAAGGCCCCGGUCCAAAUGUGGCCAAAUCUGCUCCAAAAUGUUCAAGAACCUCCUCCUCACACUCACCGUCCUUGGUGUGAUCCUGGGAGCUGUAGCAGGGAUGUUGCUGCGUGUUGCUUCUCCCAUUCAUCCAGAUAUUGUCAUGGUGAUCGCCUUUCCUGGAGAUAUCCUGAUGAGGAUGCUAAAGAUGUUGAUCUUGCCUCUCAUUAUCUCCAGUUUAAUUACAGGUUUGGCUGGUCUGGAUGCUAAAUCUAGUGGUCGCCUGGGUACCAGAGCUAUGGUCUACUACAUGUCCACCACAGUUAUCGCUGCUGUUCUGGGUGUCAUCCUGGUGUUAGCCAUCCACCCCGGUAACCCCAAGCUGAAGGAGAAUCUUGGCGAGGGCGAGAAAAAUGAUGAUGUGUCCAGCUUGGAUGCCUUCUUUGAUCUGAUAAGGAAUCUUUUCCCAGAGAAUCUAGUUCAGGCCUGCUUCCAACAGAUCCAAACAGUUACAAAAAAAGUGGAAAUUGCUGUUGAAGAGGAAGUCAAUGUCACUACUGUGGAGGGACUGGUUGCUAACAUUACCAAGGAGCCUCAGUUCAUCAUCAAAAAGUCCCUUCAGUUCAAAAGUGGCAUGAAUGUUUUGGGUCUGAUUGGUUUCUUUAUUGCAUUUGGCAUCUGCAUGGGAAAGAUGGGCGAGAAGGCCAGACUCAUGAUUGAAUUCUUCAAUAUCCUCAAUGAGAUUGUGAUGAAACUUGUCAUCAUGAUCAUGUGGUACUCUCCCUUUGGUAUUGCCUGUCUGAUUUGUGGCAAGAUCAUCUCCAUUAAGGACUUGGAAGUGGUAGCCAGGCAGCUUGGCAUGUAUAUGGUGACUGUAAUUAUUGGCCUCAUCAUCCACGGAGCAAUCUUCCUGCCCAGCAUCUACUUUGUCAUCACAAGGAAAAACCCCUUCACCUUUUUCUUGGGAAUCUUCCAGGCCUGGAUCACUGCUCUGGGGACAGCUUCCAGUGCUGGUACACUGCCUGUCACCUUCCGCUGCCUGGAGGAGAAUUUGGGCAUUGACAAAAGAGUCACUCGUUUUGUACUCCCAGUAGGUGCCACCAUCAAUAUGGAUGGAACUGCUCUGUAUGAGGCUGUGGCUGCAAUCUUUAUUGCCCAGAUGAAUGGUGUGUAUCUUGACCCUGGCCAGAUUGUCACAGUCAGUCUAACAGCCACCCUGGCCAGUGUGGGAGCGGCCAGUAUUCCCAGUGCUGGCCUGGUGACCAUGCUAUUGAUCCUUACUGCUGUCGGCUUGCCAACUCAGGAUAUCAGUCUGCUGGUUGCUGUUGACUGGCUGUUGGAUCGAUUCAGGACCUCGGUGAAUGUGGUUGGCGACUCCUAUGGUGCAGGCAUUGUGUACCAUCUAUCCAAAGCAGAGCUGGAUGAGCUAGAUGCACACAUGGCUAAAUCGGACGACAUUGAAAUGAUGACAAAGACCCCGUCCUAUUAUGAUGAUAUGAAGAACCACCACGAAAAUAAUUCCAACCAGUGCGUUUUAACCACAACUGCUACCACAGCUGCUACUGCUAACACUAACUGUUCUGUCUUAGUAGAUGAAUGCAAGGUAACCUCAGCCGCUAAUGGUUCUGCUGCGGAGUGCACGCUUGAUGAGGAGGAACCAAGGAAACAUGAAUAAUGGCAGCGUAGAGAUCCCCCUGCUCCUGGGCUCCACGAGCUUUGCUAUCUGGUGAUAAAACAGAAGAGUAAAUGAAAAGUCACGUGAACAGAACUACUAAUGUUUUUUUAUGUAGUUUUUUUUUUAUUUUCUAUUAUUAGUCCCUUUAAAAAACUUUUUGUAUUUUUGUCUAUCUGACUGAUAUGUUAUACUAAUUCACUUAACUGUGAGCUGAUAACAGAGUCAUACCUCACCUGUUAGAGUUCAGUCAUAUCCUGAAUAGCAGAUACUUGCACAACAUGCUUCAAGGCUUGGGGAGGAAGGAGGAGAUGAAAAAACUGGACAAAUAUUUUUAGUAACAAGUUUCAUUUGUAUGUUUAUAUGAAAAGCAACAAACUGGUGGUAUUUUACACAUACUGAGGCUGUCUUGUAUGUCUCAUAAAGGUGGUGCCCUUUCAUCAAAUUGGGAAUCCCUGUUAAUUCAGAAAAUUGCUAUCUGUAUUAAAGCAAGUAUCUUUUGAAAAAAAAUCAUUAAAUUCUUAAUAUUUUAUCCAUUGCCUACCUUGUAAACAGGCCAUAGGGAAAUAACUCUGAGCCUCUUCACAUGGAAAUAUUAUAUUGCAAAGAUUAUCCCAUAAAGCCAGUAUUUGUUUUCCCUUUUCUUCUGUGAAGAAAAUUGACUUUCCUCUUUCACGCGUUGAGAGAGAUUUCAAAACUAAUUUAUUUGUGUGGAGAGAAAAAUUACUACAGGGAUCAAACGGCUAUAAAAUCAACCCGUUUGCAGAACCCCUAGCACUACUUGUCGCUUUUUCUAUUUGCAACACACUGACUAUUUUUAUUCAGCUGUGUUGCCCCUAAAAUCCCUGUUCUAAAAAUUAAACUUUACGUAGCACUUUUUAAUUUUAUUCCCCAAAGUAAAUUCAUGAUGCCAAUGAAAUUAAAAGUAAUUUUUAUAGCUAAAAAAGUGAAAGAUAACUCUAAUAUAUAGAGAUAUGGAAAUAUAUCACCCUGAAUGAAACAUAAGGAUUAUACUGAACACAAAUGAUGCCAACUUGGUAUUUCUUGUUGGUGUUAUCUUUGCCCAUUACACCUUUUCUCUUUUUAUGAAACUGAUUUACAGAAAGCACAACCGGAUACUCAGGCCUUUUUUGUUUACUAUGACAGGAAAACCUUGUCCUGCAAUAUUAACGUGUUUACUUUAUCAAUUUUUGUACUUUUCCAAUGCUUUGUCUGUAAAAAAUUGUUUACCUUGGACAUUCAUCUUUAGAAAAUAUAUCUAUAUUUUGGAAAGGGAGGAUUUCCAGCACAAUAAGCAAGCACAGAUAUUCAUUUUUGUAGCUACACUCAAGUGGCUGAAUCACCUUGUUACCUGAGAGCACACUCAUCUUUUAACACUUAUAGAGCACACUAGAUGAACAAACACAAACAAUUUGCCAAUAAUAAACCUUUUCAAGAGGAUUCUUGAACUGAUUCCUAAAAAUGUAAUAGUUUCAUUGCCAUCAGAGCUCAAGACUGUUCCUACAAACCCUAUAUGCUGCAGCUGUGCUUUUGUGCCAAUCAGACGACUUCUUUGGAGACUCCAAACAAAAAGGGACAAACAGAGUAAUUAUGAGAAGAGCAUCUGCCUCAGUUUAAAAAGAUGGUAAAUGUCUACAGAGCAUUGAAGUAAUGCAUACCAAUGUUGGUUAAAGGGAAAGUUCAGUAUUUUUGGUAAUGUAUCUGAAGUAUAACAAGUCUCUUGGCUUUGUCAUAUGACUGAAAUCUAAGUUAGCUGGUUAUAAAGGCUGGAGCUAGGAACUAACUAGAAGGGAACAAGACAAAAAUGAACUUCCUGCUUCCUAAAAAAACACUACUGUCAAAGCAGUUCAUGCAAUGUGUUAUGAACCUAACAACAUUCACCAUGUUAUAACUGACUGGAUAUUUCUAAAGAGGAGAGUUAUUAUUUACACAGGAAAAGGAUGUUUGAAGCAGUGCGACACCAGUGUUCUUGCUCUUUGAAACAGGUACACAGGACCUGUGCUGUAUUUAUUUGUCAUACUGACCACCUUGUUGAAAACGAAGCACAAUAGAUAUUUUUGCUGUUGGCACUUAAAAAGCUAACCUGGGGUUUUAAUUAAGAUCUUUUUUUAAAUUGGUCUUUAAGUUGGAUAAUUUUAAAACUCCAUUAUCUACGUGGGCACACUUUACCAAUAUGCACUUCAAAC